GAGGUGGUGUUCUUCGUGGGUCUCUCGUGCUCGUUCGGAGCUCAGUCAGCGUUUGACUCAGUGGAGACUACAAUUACAUCCAGUGCAGCUCUUCAGAUAAAAUGUCAAAGUUGGAACAGAUUCUUAUCCUCGACCCUCUCUCUGACCUUAGAUUUAAAGGUCCUUUCACAGAUGUAGUCACCACCAACCUCAAACUGAAGAACCCUUCUGACAGAAGAGUGUGCUUCAAAGUGAAGACAACGGCACCACGCAGGUAUUGUGUACGGCCAAACAGUGGCGUGAUUGAUGCCGGCGCAAGCAUUAACAUCUCUGUCAUGCUACAGCCUUUUGAUUAUGACCCCAAUGAGAAAAGUAAACACAAAUUCAUGGUGCAGACGAUUUUUGCUCCACCAAAUGUUUCUGACAUGGAUUCAUUGUGGAAAGAUGCAAAACCCGAUGAUCUCAUGGAUUCCAAGCUGAGAUGUGUCUUUGAGCUGCCUUCUGAAAAUGAUAAAGUGAAUGACGUGGAGGCGACCAAAGUGGCCCCAGUGAUGAACUCCGUGAAGAGCGACUCACUGGCGGCGGCUGCCAGUGCCUCACUGGAUGACGGAGAGAUGAAGAAAGUCCUGGAGAAAUGCAAGAGGCUGCAAGCUGAAAUGAGCAAGCUGUCUGAGGAGAACCGGCAAUUAAAGGAGGAUGGCAUUAGAAUGAGAAAGCUACCCCGCUCAGACCACAUGACGUUAAACUCAACCAGCCUCCUCGGCCGAGAAAGCAGCACCACCUCCCUGCCUUCACUCCUCGUCGUCAUAGCAGCCAUCUUCAUUGGAUUCUUCCUAGGGAAGUUCAUCUUGUAGACUGGGAGAUGCAUGCCAGCCGUGUCCCCCAAAACCUGCCUCUGGAAUCAAAAUGGCCUGGAAAAGUCUUUCUGUUGACUGCCAUAUCAUUGGUCGCGUGGCCUACGGUGAACACAUCUGUACAGCAUCAUUCAACAGCGUCGCCUUUUUAAGCAAUCGCACAUGGUUAGUACCCACUGAGAUGAGAAGAAAAGACGAGAGGGUGGGGUGGGGGGUGGGUCUUUAGAUGGCUGGAUUAUGAUGUGGUGGUACGGUGAAAUGUUUUGUUCUGUCAACCGGUGCGGAAGGCGGUUCAGACGCACAGCGAACCAUACCAAGCAAACAGUGUUUUCUCUCUCUGUCGUUCUUAUUAGGAAUUGAAUGGGAUAUUAGGUGUCUUGUAAAUGUUGUUUUAAUCCUUUUAACAAAAAAGGAAAGAACUUCCAUCGUCAAGGCCUUGCUACCUGUUGCUGGAUUGCCUCUGAAGUAACUCUGUUCACUUUGUAAUUUCUCUUUCUUCAUCUCGGAAUGUUCAGGCCCAGCUGGGGAUAUAGGUGCCUCGUUCUUGUAUAUUUCUGUUCUUCCCUUUUCCUGACAAACACCAAUGCAGACUUUAUUAUUAUUAUUAAUUAUUGCUCAAAAUACAAAUGAUAUAUUCCUUCUGAGGGAAACAUUGACUGAAAUCAGCUCUCCAUUCUUAAAAUCCUGUCCCAUGGUAUUAAACAUUGAAGAAAAAAAAAA